CCGUCUUGGAUCGCUUCGAUUGCGUGAGUUGGGUGGUUUGGGAUUCCGAAGUUUUUCGCAGACGAUCGUCUUGCAGUCGCAUUCCUGGCGACUUCUGCGUCACGAAGGAAGGAAUUUGGACGUUACUUUCUGCGCCCAGAAGCGGAUUACACGUGUGAUGUGCCGUUGCGACUUUGCGGCGUCGCACAGUGCCGUUUAUCGUUGCUAGUAUCACAUAGGGAUUCGACGUUUCUUCUGGAAAAGCCACUGAACUGUCGUCUGCGAAGCCACCAAACUGUCGUCUGCGAGGGAUUUUCUCGCCGUCUGCUUCACUGUGCGGUCAUCCCGACCAGUUUUUCGUGCAGUGACCGUGUGUGCCUACCUGCCUGGGAAAAGGAGGCGUGUGAAAUUUUCGUCUUGAGUGCUCAAGCGUAUAAUUGAAGCCGAGAAAAUCGCUUUCGGCUACAUUGUGUGUGCGCUUUUUGGUGUCCGACAUUGUUAAUUUUGUCGGCAUCGACAUCUUGAUCGUCCGUUUUGUGUUCGAGGAAAGGGCAGUCGUGAGUAACGUUGACCGCUAAUCCUAUUUUAGGUCGUGACGCUGUACGGAGACCGUGAAUAUAAAUCGCGAUAUGUCCCGAAGACGGCAUUCGCCUUAGGCCUAAGUUUUAUUUUUACCGGUGAUGCUGCGACCACAGACAUUUUCCAUCGAGCCUUUGGAUGUGCCAAAUCUCGCAGUGUCGUGAACGACUUACUUCCGCUGGUGAUAGUGGCGAGCGGUGACUCCUGGAGAUAAUGCGUCUAGGAUUACCAGCCACGUACGGACUUUAGGUGUGUUAUUUUGGACAUUCCGUUUAGUUUUCUUCCGUUUGUGUUUGUGCGCGAAAAAGAAAAUGGGAAAUCAACCCAGCCGCGGUGGUUUUGGCUACAGUAACCACGGAGGUUCUCAGGAGCUGAGAGAGAGGAGGUACUCGUCCCGGCGAGGAAGACGAGGGAUGGAUCGGUUACGGCGCAGCCUGCGAGAGAGCCUGCGCCGGGGCAGAAAAGAGCAUGUACCAGAAUGCAGUAAACCACAUCAGUGGCAGGCAGAUGAGGCGGCUGUUAGGGCAGGAACCUGCACCUUCUCGGUCAAGUACCUCGGCUGCGUCGAGGUGUUUGAGUCUAGAGGCAUGCAGGUGUGCGAAGAAGCCCUAAAAGUGCUCCGCAACUCCCGCCGGCGCUCUGUCCGCGGCACGCUGCACGUCACCGGGGACGGACUCCGCGUGGUAGACGACGGAACUCAAGGGCUGCUGGUGGACCAGACUAUAGAGAAGGUCUCCUUCUGCGCUCCCGACCGGAACCAUGACCGUGGCUUCUCUUACAUCUGUCGGGACGGCACCACGAGACGGUGGAUGUGUCAUGGCUUCUUGGCUGUUCGAGACUCGGGGGAGCGUCUGAGCCACGCAGUUGGUUGCGCCUUUGCAGUCUGCCUGGAAAGGAAACAGAAGCGGGACAAGGAGAGCGUCAUGAUGAAUUUUGACCCCAAGACCUCUACCUUCACCCGCACGGGCUCCUUCCGGCAGACCUCCUUGACGGAGGGCCUCCAGGACCCCCAGGAGUGCAAGCCCUCUGAGCCCCCACCCGUGAAGCCCAUAGUGAACCCGUUUGCCAUUGAGCGUCCGCACGCGACGGCGUCGAUGCUGCAGAGACAGGGAUCCUUCCGGGGCUUCGGAGGCUCCCUCAGCCAGACGUCGCCCUUCAAAAGACAGCUGUCCCUGCGCCUCAACGACCUGCCCUCGACACUCGAGCGUCAGCGAGCCAUGUCGCUCGAAUCGGCGGAGACGCUCAAGCACAGCAAUGGCUUCUCUGUUCACCCGAUCCCAGAAUCGUCGCCAUCGAGCGAAAAAGCUGACAGCAUUAGUGCCAUGUGCCAGCAGUUGAGCCAAGGUCUGACGAUGCUCAGCAGCACCGGCAGCACAGAGGACCCUUUCCAGACACCCCCACCAACUGCUCAGCUACCUCCCUUGCCUCAGCCUCCUCCUGUCCAGCAAGUGAACCCGUGGGUGGCAACAGACAGCUCCUCUUCUCGAGCGGACGCCUGGCUAGCCUCUCUGCCUACCUCUCCGAAGCUGCACGACCCUUCGCAUCCCGUCGCCCCCUCACCCCAACCCCGACGCAACAGUCCCAACUUCGGUCCCCUCCGCAGCCAGUCUGUGGGGUCCUCCGACGCUCUCCCUGCUGCACAGAGAACUACCCUGCUGGAGUGGGCGCAGCAGAAGUCUGCAGCAAAUGCCGCCUCAUCCGCGACAGCCCCAGUGGCGCCAGCCGGCGUCGGUAACGCGGCGUCCCGCCCGGUACCGGGGUACCGGGACCCCUUCGACGCCGACUGGGCCGCCAUUCCAGUUCAGAAGAGCAACACGACAAACCCGUUUGUGGGGCCCACUUCGGUGAAAGCGUUCGAAGUUCGUAUGUGAAGUGGAGCGCACGAGAGGCAUCCGAGAGGAAUGUGUACAAACGCACAAGGAUUUGUAAAGCGUACAAGAAAACGGGCCGUGGAGGUUCUUAAAGUGGGUCGUAAGUUAACGGGACGUUUGAAACUGAAACAGAAACAACAGUAGAAGUGUGAAACAUCUCGUGUUUGAUGCAUUUUUGAGUGCAUUGGAGAGGAGGUGAUGCUUGUUACUCUUUUCUUUUUUUUUACCUAUCCCGUUUGGAAGUAAGGUAAUAUUCGCGCAUCUUGCAUGUUGCCUACCCUUGUACAUAAUAUAUCUCACCUGGAUUUUUUUUUUUUUUUCAGUUGUUUUUAAAUUGGUUCCUCUAUCCAGGCCUUCACAGACGCAUUGGCCUGUUACGAAAGAAAGACUACGCAAGCGAGAAAAAAAAAGUGAAUCGUGAAGAUCGUUAUCUUGCAUUCCAACUAGGUGUUACCACAAGGACUGAUCUUCAUUUUGAUCUUCAAUGUGUGUGGUUUGAUUUUUAUUUUUUUCUUUAGAUAGACUGAUACGAAAGAAAACAAAACAAGCUGUUCUCAUUUAUGAGGAAUCGUGCUGCUUUCAGUUGUGACGCGUGUGUUGUGUGUAAACGAAACAAAUAAUACUAACACUGACAAAAUAGCGUAACAAACGCCAUAUAAUGCAAUGCCUUGGAGGUGAGCUUGAAAACUAGGCCGGUUUUUCAAUUGCAGAAAUAUUGAAGCGAUUUAAUGGUAGACACAACAGCAUCGACCUUUGCUCCGCGAUGGGGAAGUUUCGUGCUGCUUAACGACCGCCAGAAAUGUUGGCAUCAACGUGACUGCGAUCUAAUCUGGUAUCGUACCGUGAGAACUCUCUCAUAUCGAGUUGAGCUGGGCUAUGGAAGACUUUUAUUGCAACUGAAACAGGAAUGAGCUAGGCAAAUUCUAGUAACUUUUCAUCCAUAUAGCGACGCAUUUUUAGAGAACUGUAGCCAAUUGGCUGUCAAUUAUUAUUGGAUACACAAAAAUACCUAGAGGCAGGCCUCACUUCAGUGAGCAAGGUGAGGCUGCCAAGUUCAUGUACAGAAGAACCAAAUGCAUUUUUGCAGUUAGUAGGCCCUGUAGACAGCGUAGUUACGGCUGCUUCUUGUUGUUUCCGCUCUUACGCGCGGUGCAGAGAUCCAGUUUUGUUGUCAUUUUCAUUGGACGCAAAUCGGGUACGUACAUGUUGUGUAACGCUGACUACAUGGUGUAUCGAAAGGAAUGUAAUAAAUAUGAAUGCAGAAGGAA